AUGGCGCACCACCCACCAGGAUACCACGAAUCGACCUCUCCGACGCGAACUGUCGCUCGUGAGCCACCCUCAUACGAACCAGAUCCCGCCCUCCCGCUUCCUACGACAUUCAAAGUCGGGAAAUCAUACACCCCGCCGUUGAUCAGUGUUUCUUCCGUCCGGAACCACCUUUCAGUCCUCGAGUGCUUUGCGACUCUCAAACGCAACGUUGAAAAUGCGCAACCUAUUCUAACAUCUGAGCCACUUGAACUCGACCCAGAAAUCAAAUGGGCGAUAUACCUCGUUCGAGCCAACCACCGGUUUGGGCGGUGGAUUGAUAACGUUGUGAAUCGGAUCGAACGGCAGAGGGGAGAAGUGGUCGAACUGACGAAUGAGGAGAUCCCGCCUAUCGAUGUCUUGUUGCUCUGGCAUGCGUACCUGCUGAAUCCUGUGGGGUACUAUGAGGAUUGUGAGAGUCGGUAUCCUUGCUUGAGACUUAUUGGUGGGUUUCCGUUGGAUCGAGUCGCAAGUAGGAUGAGUAGGUAUGGAGGAGGGGUCCGUUACAUGCCUAGAGACUCACAAAUCGAUGAGUGGGAACUAUUGACUCAAGAACCGUUCGAGCUCCCAUUAUGGACUACCGUAUCGGAUACCGUCUUACUCACUUGCCCCAUGUGCGCGAGCCCGGACCUUCGAAUUCCAUGGAUUACAGAACCAACACUUGAGGAUAUAGGAGACGAAACGGCCGUUGGAAAGGGGUACGCCCAGUCGAGGUUCAGGAUCGAUUGUCAAGCGUGCGGUGGAGCUGUCACCAAGGAUAAAUUGAGAGCGGAGAGAUUCGUAAAAGAGUUUGUAAGGGUUAGGCGUGAAAUUAGGAGAGGGAAUGAGCACGAGCGAGUACUGAUGGCAUGCUCUCACAGAAACUCACUUAUUAACCCUCACACAUAUAAGCCCUCUCCGUCGCUUGGUUCGAACUUUACGAAGCUUUGCGUAGAAGGUAUUCAUGACCUAGACGAAAACCCGCAGCUGACUCCUCAUAUUGCGCUUGGGAGCUACUUUGACUGGGACUUGAACGAGGCACAAGAUUGA